AUGUACAAAGCCAGAGACUCUCUGCUGCCAGCAGCUCUACAGCAGCUCUACAGCAGCUCUACAGCAGCUCUACAACAGCUCUACAACAGCUCUACAGCAGCUCUACAGCAGCUCUACAGCAGCUCUACAGCAGCUCUACAACAGCUCUACAGCAGCUCUACAGCAGCUCUACAACAGCUCUACAGCAGCUCUACAGCAGCUCUACAGCAGCUCUACAGCAGCUCUACAGCAGCUCUACAGCAGCUCUACAGCAGCUCUACAGCAGCUCUACAGCAGCUCUGCAACAGCUCUACAGCAGCUCUACAACAGCUCUACAGCAGCUCUACAGCAGCUCUACAGCAGCUCUACAGCAGCUCUACAGCAGCUCUACAACAGCUCUACAGCAGCUCUACAACAGCUCUACAACAGCUCUACAGCAGCUCUACAACAGCUCUACAGCAGCUCUACAGCAGCUCUACAACAGCUCUACAGCAGCUCUACAGCAGCUCUACAGCAGCUCUACAGCAGCUCUACAGCAGCUCUACAGCAGCUCUACAACAGCUCUACAGCAGCUCUACAGCAGCUCUACAGCAGCUCUACAGCAGCUCUACAGCAGCUCUACAGCAGCUCUACAGCAGCUCUACAACAGCUCUACAACAGCUCUACAGCAGCUCUACAGCAGCUCUACAACAGCUCUACAACAGCUCUACAGCAGCUCUACAGCAGCUCUACAGCAGCUCUACAGCAGCUCUACAGCAGCUCUACAGCAGCUCUACAACAGCUCUACAACAGCUCUACAGCAGCUCUACAGCAGCUCUACAACAGCUCUACAACAGCUCUACAGCAGCUGUAUAA